AUGUCCUCCUCUACCAGCAGCAUCACUGUCUCACACCCCACUCCCACCGUGGACCACGUCACUAUUUACAUCGCCUCAAUCCAAGCAACCUUCGAAGCCCCCAUAACAGCCUGGAAGAUCAUCCUCGCACCACCCACAAACGAAGACUGCAUCUUCUGCGACAUUACCCUCCUCGACGGCAACAAGUAUGCUCCAUUGACGAUCCGCCGCGGCGAAACGCUCCGCGUGCCCUUCCUCAUCAAGGGCAAGAUCGUCCACCUGAAUAAAGUGUGCACUGCACCGGUGGCCAAGGCAAGGAUGGUUAUUGACGAGGCUCAUUUUGCGACUCAUGGGAGUCAGGUGUGGACGGUGUCGUUUUUGACGAUGUUGGAGGAUGAGCGCAUUGUGCCGCAGGGGACGGUGGGGUACUAUGAGAAUUUGGCGGCGGUUGAGGGGGCAAUGGAGGAUUUCAAAAUUAGCACGGGGGGUUGA